AUGGCAUCGGCAAGCAGCUCCGCACAGGCCGCCUUCGGUCUGGGCCGCAGGAAGAAGAACCCCGGCGUUCUGGAUCAGAUUGGAAAAUUCUUUGGAGGGGACAAGAAGAAGAAGAGCAAGGGGUCUUUCCGUGGGGCCCUCUCUCCCGCCCCCCAGAAAGCGUCUGCCACGUCCCCUCGUAAGCGGGGGCCAGAGAAUGCGGUUGUACACUUCUUCCGUACCAUCGUGUCUCCCGCCCCCCCAAAGUCAAGGUGGAGAGGACUAGCAGCCAAGAUAGGUCUGGGUGACCAGAAGUCUCAGUCUGCUAAAGCCAAGAGGUCCAGUGGAGGGGACGGCAAAGGCACCCUGACUAGGAUCUUCAAAAUGUGACGAUAACAACAGAAGCGGAAGCCGCAGCUCUUCUCCAGCCAGACGCUGAAGUUCCAACAUCCCCUUAGAAGAAGUCAAGGACAAGAAUGAGUAACGCGGGCAAGGAGAGGAAGAAAAUGAAACUUUGUGAUCCUUUAAACUCACCUUUGAAUCUGAUAACACAUAAUAUUGUAUAAAUCUCUUGAUUCGUCUGUCCUGUUGUCUUACUCUUCACUGGCUGGCAGAUCGCCACACAAUCUGUUGCCUGCCUGCGUCUUUUCCUGAACGUGACCCUGAAGCUGCUCUCCUGCAUCCCGAAUGACCCCCUGACCCCUGCCAUGGCCGUAUAUGUGCUUGAGUGUCUGUCCUCCCUAAAAAACCCAAAUGUGGCUGAGCAGACCUGGACUGUGAGAGUACAGGCCCCGUUCAAGUUCUGAACUUGCCUGUUGUUGUUGUUCUAGGCUCAGGCUGCUUCUGUCUUUAUUGUCUUGUCGCUAUGUCUUUGUCAUGUCCUUACACGCUCCCUGUGCCCAUUAACAGGAAUUUGUGUUGAUUUUGUGGUACAAUUAACCCCACUUACAUUACUGUAGACUAGAGCCAUUUUGGUUCUAUUGUUUUUUUUUUUCCCCACUCCACCUCCCUGUGUCUGAUUAAGUGUGAUGUCAUAAAUGUUUGUCAUUUGAAUGAUUUUGGUUAUAGGUAGACAUUCUCAACCAUUUUAAAUAUGUUCUGCAAUGAGCACUGAAGCAACACGUACUCGUCAUUUCUAACAACGUAGCACUAACAGCACAUUGCAAUUUUCUCCGUGUGCAUCGCUGGUCUUUAAACGUGCAGUUACUGACUCUAAAAAUAUGAUCAGCCUCUCGUCUUCAGCCUCUCUUCUUGCCUCCUUAAACCAACUGCUGUUUCGUUUUUCUUGAUUACUCAGACAAACAAACACAAUUUCAAAAAAGGUGCUCUCUGACUAACUAAGUGGUAGUGAAACAUUCUCUGGUGCUUCUGUCCAACUAUGUCAGAAAUAAAACAAUUGGUCACAGAAAUGCAGACCAUCCUUAUUCCAGAUGAAUUAAACUGCAGGUGUGUGCACGCAUGUGUGUAAAAUAUGGCAUCAAUCUACAAUGUGUGUGUCUGAAUUCACUUCCAAUGCAUCCUUUAGAUUGAAUGUAAAGACCCUCCUGUUUAAUAAAUUGAAUGGCCACUUACCUGAAAACAAAAAUAAAAAAACCCGAUCCCUUC